AUGAAUACAGUUUACGAUAUUACAGUGACCGAAUAUCCUAUUGUCGUAAAAGACUCUAUUGAUGAAUCCUGGAAAACCGUGCCUGAGUUUAAUAUUACUGUAAAGACUACUCAGUACAAGCUCUAUGUCAUUCGAUACAUUCCUGAUCUUUUCAGUUUCGACCACCUGGUCAAAACACAUUACCCAAAGAUCAAGAUCCCAUUUCCAUCAUUGACAGAAUCAUUAUCCAAAUCGGAGAAAAGAAAGAGUUUACGCAAUUUUUUCCACCUGUCUAUUAAAUCGAAUGCCGAAAAAGUCGAGAAAUAUCUUUACAGAUGUGCUUUAGAUCCUGUUUUAAGCGCAUCCACCUUGUUACGUGAUUUUUUGUCGCCACAACGAGAUGGGGACGAAAAAUCUCACGCCUACCCUUCCCCCUCUCAGUCCUAUGAUCAAAUCGGGUCUACACCUAAUGACAAUGUCAUUGAUAGCAGUAUCGAAAUCGGUAAAGUUUGGGUUCCCAGUCCUCACCCAUCUGUCAUAAACAAUACAGAUAUCGAUGGCUUCGAAUACGAAUUCCCUCUUGAAAAUUUGGAGAUGGUUAAAGUGCUGGGAAAAGGAUGCAUGGGAAAACACGUGAUUGAACAACGCGAGAUUACACAUACACUCGAUGAACGGAAUAUCUUGACGAAGCUGUCUGAACUGGAUCACCCAUAUCUCGCCAAACUCCAUACGUCCUUUCAAGACGAACAUCGACUGUAUUUGUUGACAAAUUACUAUUGCGGUGGAGACCUUGCUACGCAUAUGGCUAAACUGUACUCAUUUCCCAAAGAGUGUGCUUUAUUUUAUGCUGCUGAAAUCAUUGAUGGUAUCGGUGCAUUGCAUAGUCUCGGUAUUCUUUACCGGGAUUUGAAGCCCGAGAAUAUCUUAUUGACAGGUGAUGGUCAUAUCAUUCUAACGGAUUUUGGCCUGAGUAAAUGGUUAACUGCAGCAGACAAUUAUACAACACAAACAUUUUGCGGUACGGCGGAAUAUUUAGCCCCGGAAGUCCUACUAGGCGACUCUUACUCAUUUGGUAUUGACCAUUGGAGUUUUGGCACGAUUUUGUAUGAGAUGUUGGCAGGAAUUACGCCUUUUUGGGCAGACAAUCAUGCUGACAUGUACCGACGUGUGCUUGAAGACCCACUGGAGUUUCCAGCCGAUAUCUUUGAUUAUGAAACUGCGGAAUUUAUCUCGGACAUUCUGGACCGUGACCCACGUACACGAUUGGGAGCGCAAAGUGUGGACGAUAUCAAAGAUCACGUGUAUUUUGCGGAUAUCUCAUGGGAUGAUAUCAGAAAUCGACGACUGCAUCCCCCUUAUUUGCCUCCUGUGCAAAAUGAAUUGGAUUUCACUAAUUUUGAUCCUGAUUUCUUGGCCAUGACUCCACAACUCACUCCCAUUUCAUCCGAAAUUGAUUUUGCCGAGGAUAUACAGGAUAUCUUUGACGGUUACUCAUUCACCAAUGAAAAAUACUUGGAUUAUGAGCAGGUG